UAACAUAUGUUGCUGAUCAUGCUCUCUGACUGAAAAGAUUGGCAUCACUUUCUUCAUCUCUAUAUCACCCACAGGCGGGAUGAUUUUGAGGUAUAAUCAUUUGCUGAUGCAAUUCUCAUGGAAUGUUCUUGCUGUUUUUCAUUGACGUGAUCCUAGCUUGGGACAAAACCUUCAGCUGGUUUAACUGCUAAGGCGCGGGCACAAUGGCAGCCAAAAAGCCCUUAAUGAAAGUGCUGAAAAAGCGUCGUUCUAGUCUUUUUGCGAGUGUGAAACGGGACCUGAGCUUUUCGCAGAGCACAGAAGAAGAAGAGUAUGUAUUCCCCUUUUCACAAGACAGCUCUGUAAAACCAUGGACUUCAAUGGAUGACCUUGACAGUCCUGUUGGAAGAAAAAUAAAGAGGGAUGAUUUGCCAAACCCAAGAAGAUCAAACAUUGUCAACCUAAAUAUAGGAGGAAAGGUAUUUCACAUUCCAAAGCAUCUGGCUCUCCGGUAUCCAAAGACCAGGAUUGGAACCAUUGCUCUGUGUGAUGAUCCAGUGAAGCGGCUCACUCUCUGUGAUGAUUAUAAUGUUGUGAGCAACGAGUUCUUCUUUGACAGGGACCCUAUGUUUUUCCAUUACAUAUUUCACUUCUAUUGCAGCAAUGUGCUUUGGGUGAUGGACAGCCUCUGUCCUAUCAACUUUGAGGAAGAGAUGUCAUUCUGGGGGCUGAGGCUGAAAGACACUCCAAGAUGCUGUCGAAUAUUGUUUGAGGAGAAGGUAGAUGACAUCAGAGACCAGCUGAAGGUUAACCAGGAGCUGAUUGAUGAGAUUAAACCUCACCAGGAUGACGAAUGUUACAAGACCAUGUUUCUUGGAGGAUUGCGAAAGUGUCUAUGGGACUUGAUGGAGAACCCAUACUCCUCACUACCAGCCAAAGCCUUUGCUGUGUUCUCCAGUCUUUUUGUCCUCAUCUCCAUUGUUGCCAUGACAAUGAAUACAGUCCGUGAACUUAGGGAAUACAAAGUUGGAGGCAAAACUUUCAUGGAAUGGGUGGAAAUUUCUUCCAUCCUCUUCUUCACUCUAGAAUACUUUUUGCGGCUGGUUACCACAUCAAACAUCAAACAUUUUUUGAGGAGUGCCCUCAAUUUUGUUGAUGUGGUGGCUGUCAUGCCCUACUUCCUCCAGAUCAUCUUUGAAACAUUUGUUAUUGAUGCAGAAGAUGUUAGUGGACAAGAAGAUCUGAAAGCCAUGUCAAGAGUCAGUAAGGUCAGCAAGGUGCUCAAAGUGGUCAAACUGAUGCGCAUCUUCCGUAUCCUGAAACUUGCUCGUCACUCCACUGGCAUGAGGGCCUUUGGUUUCACCAUCCGUCAGUGCUCUGAGCAGGUAUGCUGUCUGUUUCUGUUCAUCGCCAUGGGCAUCUUCAGCUUUUCUGCUCUCAUGCAUUCGGUGGAGGUAGACCAGCCUGGGACACCAUUCAGCAGCAUACCAGAUGCUUGGUGGUGGGCUGCGGUGAGCAUCUCUACUGUGGGUUAUGGAGAUGUUGUUCCAGUCUCUUAUCUUGGCCGCUGCGUGGCAUUUGGCUGCAUCUCUUUUGGCAUCAUCCUUAAUGGAAUGCCCAUCUCCAUUCUGUUCAACAAGUUCUCUGACUACUACGCCAAACUGAAGGAGCAGGAAUACACAUUUUCCAACACAGAGCGCACAUUCCAACUCCGGAAACGCCUUAGGCGUAAGUUUGACCGCUGCUUUGAACCUUCACCUGAAGACUCUGAUGAUGAGAUUCACUAUCGACCCAGUGGAAGACAUACUGAGUUUGACUACGAUAUUGAUGAUUGAGACUUUCCGCCUAAAUAAUCUCUAACCCAAAAUGGCCUUAUCACUUAUGGGUCUGGAAAGUUUUAAGACCCCUUCUGCCUGGAUUGCUGAGCCUACUGAGCUGAUCUGAUUCAUCUCGUGGCUGGACACACACAGCACACAGACAUGAAAGCUUUAAGCAAUGUCUUUGCAAUUGGUCCCCCUAAAUGCUUUGGGUGACAGAUCAUUCUUCUGUCAGGUGGACUGGGUUCCUCUUCUAGACAGCCUGUUAUCUGCUUCCAAGGAUAGCCCCGUCUGCAACUAAAGCUGACUAAAUGGAAAUAGAUGUCAAGGAUUUCAAGUUCCAACAUUACACAAUAAAUAAAGCAGUGUUAAACCAUG